AUAGCACCGAUUUUGUUGUCGUUUUAUUGUGUAUUCUGUUAUUAUAGACACACACUAAGUGAAAACUAAAAUUUAGUACUUUAGAAAAACUAUGUAUCUAAGCACAUCCAAAUCGAACGUAUUCAUUCAACUGCAUUAAAAAGUUAUCUUAAUAAUGUUUUCGAAGUGCUUAACUAAAUUGGAUGCUCAAUUACACUUUACGAACAUUUACUGUUCAAGGCGUUACAUUCAUCAUCGCGAUAGUGCCAAGGCCGAGCAGAUUUCGAAAAUUAACAAACGGAAAAGAAUCUCUGAACCCAAUCCCGAAUAUCACCAUGCACCAAGCAGCUAUGUGGAAAACUAUUUAAAACAUCAUCUACGCAGCCAAACCGCGCAGCCAACAAUGUUCCAUCGUAAUCCUCGCUAUCGCUGGAUAGACUUCCGGCGACGGAUGGUCUAUGGCACUCACGAUAUAUAGAAAGCAAGAUAACCGAAAAAAAAACUUAUCAAGGAAUGCAUAUACUUACGAUUUGGUGGUCUAUAAAGAUGACUGUCGGCAGAAACAAUACGCAAGACCCAGAUGAUACAAUAGGAAGUUUCAACAGAAAAACGCAGAUUUAGUAUCAAAGUUCCAAGUACCAGAUACUAUCAGAGAAUCAAGAAAGUUUACAGAAAGAGAGGUGUAUAAUAACUGUACAAACAAAUCAAAUAAAAAUUAUAAAUUAUUCAACAACAAAAGAAAAAA